AUGGCGGCGGCGCCAGCCUCUGCCAAAAGCUUCCGCCACGCGGAGCUCAAGAAGAUCAUGGACCGCCCAGGAAACCUCAAGGCCAUCCGCGAGUCGCGCACUCUGUGCGUGGCUCUCGACCACCUGGCCUUGGGCCGCACCCGAGCGGCGGCGGAUGCGCUCAGCCUCAGGCUGCAGGCGGUGGACAUGGCGGAGCGCGUCGGCUGGGACAGAGCACGGCACAUCGAGCUGAUCCCCCCCGAGUCCGAGGGCCUGGCCGGAAAGGAGAUGAACUGCGUAGCCACCGGGGAAGCCGACCUCGAUCGCCGUCUCGGGGAAAAGAGCGCAAACAGUUCCUCCGCAGGCGCUUGGUCUCUGCCCAAGAGCGGCUUUUCGGGGAAAGGGCCCGGCGCGGACAUCGGCAAAAGGAAGAGCAAGGUGAAAGGCACGCGCGAGUGGGGCGGCUGGGCAUGGAAGAGCUCCAACCAGAAGGGGAAAGGCUGGGAAGCCUCCCGUGGAAUCCAGAGGACGGCCGCCCUUGACUCUCCGACUAGAUUUGGGCAGCUCUACCGGCGUUUCGUUGAACAGGCGAGCCAGCACGAGCACCGCUCCGAGUUCGAUGUCACGUGCCGCGUCGAUGCGGGGCGGACAUUGAAUUUAAUCAUCGAGGCUGUUAUCAAUUUUGUUUUCUCGCCCGACGCCCCGCUCAUUCUUUCGGACGUCGUCGACGACCUGCAGUGCCGGAAGAUGUCCUACUCUGGGGAAAGCGUCACAAGACGGCGGGGUCUACAAUGCAAGCUCGUUAUUCCAUGCUGGCCAAGCAUCGGAGAAGCUCGUCUUCUCCCAAUGGAGCAGUUCGUAGACGGGGAGAUCAGGGACGACAUCCUCGAGCCGACGGGUUGUCUUCUUCCUCGAGAACUGUGGCCGGCCACCACCAAGAAGUCCGCCGUGUUCGCGGCAGACGACGAAUGGUACGCCAUCGUCAAGGCCGGAGUGCAGCGCAACAUGUUUGGCCAGAUCGAGCUCAAAGACGAAUUCACUGGGGCCGACGGUCUACGUGUCCUCGGCGGAGCGAUGGGAGUGGAUAAAACAAAGAUUCGAGAUGGGGUGGCGACGCCUUGUCUUAGAUUCGUAUGUGCCUUCACUUCCACCAUUGAGUUCUGCCGACGGCUGCGAGGAGGCGCCGAUUAUCUACCCUACCUCAACCAGUUGGGACUCGUCCUCUUGAGCUGCGGGGAAAUGCUCGUUGUCGACUCCGAGGACAUGACAUCCUGCUUCAAUCUGUUCAGGAUGCCAGAUGCUUGGGCCAAGUUCUUUGCUUUCUCCAAGCCAGUCCCGCGCUCGUACUUUGGAGGUCCAGCCCAUGAGAUGGUGCACGUCUACUUCAAAGCUGUGCCCAUGGGCUGGAUGGGGGAGCUGUACGAAUCCGACGGCCUGCUGGCCCGCGCCGCUAGCGAGAGCGACCCGCACGGCGUCUUCGUCAACACAUGCGGGAUUUUCGGCAUACCGCUUGCAAUUGGCAAAAGGCUCGUCCCGUCAUUCAGGACCGCUAUCUUGGGGGGCGAACUUGACGGUACACGGGGGGUCCUGCUGCAUUCUCGGGAGAAGGGGUUUCGUCUUCUCGCCAAACCGGCGGGGCUUAUGACAAUGGAGUCCUGGACAGAGGCGGCCCUGCACCACUGGUCAGUCCUCUAUGGCUUCGGCGCGGGAUUCCGGCGGCCGGCCUUUUCGACGUUGCAGGACGUAAUCUCUUGGAUACACGACCCAGCGUGGGGCAAGCAUGCAGCGCAGUCGCCUCCGCCAGAGGUCGUUGACGAAAUUUUGGCCAGCGCGGGAUUGGCGCCGUUGCUUUUCGGCGACUUGCGGGCCUCCAUCCGGACCAUAAUCAGCUGCUCCGACGCCUCAGAGGCCGGCGGCGCUGCUUCGGAGGCGCGAGCCUUCGUCCCCGCCAUCGGCGCCUCCGUGGCCGCA